AUGAUAGACGCAGUUAAGGAUUAUUUAGCCCCGAAAAGAUUUGGUACUAUCGCCUAUAUAUGUGUAAUUGUUCAUUUCCUUUGUGGAUUGGUAUUUACUGCUGUUACCGCAGCUUUGAGGGCCAGCGAGAACGGGAAAUUUUCUUCCUCUGUUGAUGCUAAAAGUACGGCCACGUACAAGAAACAAGUCGACCAGGUAUGUUUUGUGAAAUAUGAUCAAGCUUAUAACUCCCCUCUACCUUUGUACGGCUUUGUUUUACUGAGUAUUGGAUUGUCAGUUCUUGUCAGUGUUAUUUAUUCACUGCUAGUAUGGAAGCGUGUCGACCAAAUAGAGUCAAGCUAUGAACGACAAACUGUUGGCGAAACCGAGCACUGUGGACAAAACAGGAGAAUUUUUUAUGUAUUUCAUCGCUAUUUUAUGCACCUCGCUGUGCGUUCGUUAAUAGGGAUCAUUUUUACUGUUGUACAACACACAUAUUAUUAUCCCAAUGGUUUCGAUUUGAAAUUCAACUGUAAUUCACCACCAGCGGUAACGUCCAACAUCAAUACUGAACCAAAGAAUGUGAGUCGUAAUUUGAACAGUACAUCCGUAAAUUGUGAGAAUGCGACAGCGUCAGAGAAAUGGUUAUGGGGCAUAAUUGUAUCUGUAAUAAAUAUUAUUGUUGCCUUAAUUAUACUUGUGGAAGUCAUUUAUCUUUUGCCACGUUUACCUGUGUUCAACAAUUGUUCUGGAGACGGCUGGAGCGGUGAUUCUGAAUUUGUUAUUGAAUAUCUUCUUGGCAAGCCAUACAAUGUACCUGGUGAAAAUGAACCUCUAACAAGCGUCGAAAACAACCCUCCACACUGUAGCACUCAGGAUUAUAACACUCUGGACUCUGUCGCUCAAGCGUAUAGCACUAUGAAAUAUAGCAUUCAGAACACUAGGAAUCACGAGACUCUCGACUUUAUUGCUCCAGAAUGUACCAUUAUGGACAAUGACAUCCAGGACUCUGGGUCUGAGGACUGUAUCGACGUUCACGAGAAAUAUGGUUUGAAAUUUUCUCGUCCACGUAUUGAAUAUCUUAUUGGCAAACAAUAUAACGUACCUGGUGAAAGUGAACCUUUAACAAGCAUCGAAAACAACCCUCCACACUGUAGCACUCAAGAUUAUAGCACUCCGGACUCUAUCACUCAAGCGUGUGGCGCUGUGAACGAUAGCAUUCAGGACACUAGGAAUCAGGACACUCCCACCUCUAUCGCUCAAGAAUGUGCCACCAUGGACAAUGACGUCGAGGAUUCUGGGACUAAGGACUGUAUCGACGUUUACAAGGAACAAGUUUUGAAUCGUUCUCGUGAUCCUGGCAUAAUUUAUGGACCAAACGCUAAUAUAGAUGAUUUGUAUAUUGACGUUAUUAUCCAUACUGGACGAGCUCAGCAUAAAUUUUCUAAAGAAAUGAAAAGACACGAGAUCUACGACGUUUAUAUGAAAGUUCCCUCAAAAUCCAUACGUUUAGAAAAGAUAAGUGAUUUAUUUUAUCCCAAUGAAGAUACAAAGGGAAAAUUUCCUCGUAGCAUUCUGGCGAUUGGAAGACCUGGGAUUGGAAAAACUGUUUUGACCGAAAAAAUUCUGCGUGACUGGGCUAAUAAAAUUGAUGAAUAUUAUUCCGACAAGAUUGUCUUCUUUUUCAAAUUCAGAUGGUUCAACAAAAAUAUGAACAAAUUAACAAAUAUAUUCCUUAAGACGUUUCUUCGGUUUGGGACGGGUCUGAGUGAAGAAAAUUUCGAAAAUAUUUACGAACAAAUUGCAAAAGAGCCACAAAAAGCCAUUCUUAUUUUUGAUGGUUUAGAUGAAUAUCACGGCGACCCCAUAAGUUGUUUAGACCAAUCUCGCAUCAUUCCAAACGAUCCUGAUAAUGGCACGUCAGCAAUGAAUUUAUUCAUUAAACUAGUUUUGGGCGACUUGUUGAAAGGAGCAACGGUUGUAGUAACGAGCAGACCGAUUGGAGAUGGUUUCUACUCGAGACUUAAUUUUGAUCGAAAUGUGGAGAUUAUUGGUUUCACUUCCAAUAACAUUGAAAAAUAUGUCAGCCGAUUUUGUGACAAUAAUAACAUGCGCGACCUUAAAACGAAGUUAUGGAACCACAUAACAUCAUCAUCAGAACUGUUAAAUUUAUGUUACAUUCCGGUUAAUUGCUUUAUAGUGUGUGUUACCCUUUCAGGAUAUCUUAGUGACACAACAAAUGAAACUGGUGCUCUUCCAACAACACUGACAGAACUUUACCAGUCAGCCAUUGAUCAUUUCGAGAAACAUCAUCACAGAAAUGCAGACAGAAACAUCAUCACUGAAAUGCAGACAGAAGCGUUAAAGAAACUUCAACGAUUGGCAUUUCUUGGUAUGGAAAGCAGGCAACUGAUUUUUGAUCAAGUAUUAUUUGAUGAAGAAAUGAAAACGUCAGGUUUAUUGAACAGUUUAUCCAAUCCUAUUUUUCCAAUUCAAACACAAUUUUGUUUUAUCCAUUUAACCAUACAAGAAUUUCUUGCUGCAAGACACGUGACUGAAACACGCGCUCCACCGGAAAUACAGAAGUUUAUUUCCGAUCAUGUUAAAAGUGGAAAAUGGCAUUUAGUUCUUCAGUUCAUUGCAGGACUUUUGGGCAAGAAAAUCAAAAAUUUUGAUUGGGAAUAUAAGGAUUGUGUUUUCGCAUUUGCAGAAAGCUUGAAAGUUACUAAUGGUAAAAUCCAACUUAAUUAUCAGGAAGUGUUUAUAAUGAAGUGUUUAAGGGAAGCGGACAAUGAAGAGAUUACUAAAGAAGUUUGCGAAACAACUGCUAUGAACGAUUCGGUAGAACUAUUAACUCGUUUAAGAGUGUAUAAUCUUUCUCCAAGUGAGUGGGCGGCAGUGACUUUCGUUUGCAAACACAUGAAAAAAUUGGCACAUUUGAUAUUGUUAGAGUUUGCCUCAGAUUGUCUUCCGGAGAUUUUCGGAUUGCUACAAUGGGCAGUGAAACUACGAAUGCAUUUGGCAAUAUGUGGCGUUUACAGAAAAGGCCGUGACGUAAAAGUUGCCCUCUAUUAUCGUGUAGAUUGGCCUGUAUUUUUCUUACCUUGUGAAAGAGUAGGUGUACAAAUACAUUUUACUGACAUGCAGCAGCAUAACCAUGAGGAUGUAUUUGAGCAGAUGAUUCUAAAUUUAAAAGCAUUUUUUUCACAUCAUAUUUUGAAACGUUGUGCCGAACUUAACAAUGAACAUUGUCAAAAUCUUACACGUUUGGAUCUUGGAUAUAAUUCAAUUAAUGAUGAGAGUGAGUUAACUGAUCAAUGUAUUACUACACUAGUCAAGGCACUGCAAGAUGAACGGUGUCAUCUGAAUGAUCUAUCACUGCAAAUGAAUUUCAUAGGUGAUAAAGGUGCAAGUACUAUAUGUCGGUUUGAAGAUACCCUGACAAAAGAGCAUUGUAAGCUUACUAAGUUGAAUUUUGAUUAUUGUCGGUUAACGGAUCAAUGCAUAUCUAGUUUGUGUAAGGCACUGCAAGAUGAACAUUGUCAACUGACUUUUCUAACACUGUCGAACAAUGACAUAGGUGAUGAAGGUGCAUGUAUGUUGUUUGAAGAUUCCCUGACAAAAGACCAUUGUAAGCUCAUCAAGUUGGAACUUAAUGGAUGUUCGUUAACGGAUCAAUGCAUACCCAGUUUGUGUAAGGCACUGAAAAAUGGUCAGUGUGUGUUAACGAAAUUAUCGCUUACACAGAAUAAGUUCACUGAAAACGGCAAGAAGUUGCUUCGUGAUACAAUGAAUUAUAAAAGUUGUGAAGCUAGGGGGUUACAAAUUGUUUGCAAAUUGCCAAUCUAUAGUAGGUAUGAUGUGCCAUGA